AUGAUCGGCCGCCCUCGGCCGCGGCCUCAUGUGCCUGGGGCGCAUGCCGGCAGGGAAGUGUCCCCGAAGCCAGGCGCGGAAUCUCACGUCCUGUCGAAGGCCUUGAAUCAAGCAGAAGGAUUGGACAGCGAGCUGCUGCAGCGCCUGUUCCGGGAGGCGCGUGGCCUCACAGAGAACGAGCUCUACGAGCGGCUGGCAGCCUGGGAGGACAACAGCGAUGAUAGUGGACUGCAGCAGCGGAAGCAAACAGAGUCAACCUUGCGAGGGGAAGUCUCCAGACUCCAGAAGGAAGUGUCGCAGCUGCUUGACGAAGCAUACGCAGCAAAGAAGAAGGCCAUGGACGCCGAGCUUGCGCAAGUGAAGACAACGGAGAAGAUCGAAGCCCGAAUGAGUCUUUCCCGGCGCCAAUUACAGUCAAUAGCCCGUGGCAUGGGUGCUGCAAGUGGCCUGGCCGAGCGUUGCCGGGACUUGCAGCACCGGGCUGCAGUGUUGAACCUCGAGCUGGACUCCCUCAAGAACGGUGCCAGGCAAAAACGGCAAGCGAUGGAGGAGUGUUCCCGGGACGCUCGCGAUCUUGCCCAAAGACUGGAGUUGGCGGAGAAGGACCAGCCGGGUUCGACGCUGUUGGUGGAAGCUGAGGCUGCAGACGUGCACUCCGACUUCAGGGCCGAAGUGGUCUCGCUUUUGACUGAGAGAAGUGAGCUCAGGGAGUCGCUCCAGAAACAGAAGGAAAUGGCAGAGCUGCAGCAGCUGCUUGCUGACGAGAGGAUGCUGCUGGAGAAACGCCGGAUGUCUGCAGCUGACAUGCUGCGUGAAAUCGCAGACUUGGAGGAGCAGGCAGACGACCUCGAGCGAAACAGUCAACGUGUCCUUGGCGAGAUGCGCAACUCAUUGGAGAGGCUGGCAAUGCAGGUCGAAGAGCUGCGCCGAGCCAAGGAUCAGGCUGAGGAUUGGCUUGGGGCAGUCUGGGCAGCUUUGAACCAGCAGCGACGAGAGCAGCUGCUGCUUCACCAGUGCUUGGGCUGUGCCGAGUUGAUGUUUCUUGAGUGUGGCUUCCAUCCUAAGGUGGUGCUGGUCGUCCCAGUCUUCGUGCUGGUCCCGUUUUGUCUGUUGGUCGUCUACUGUGCAAUGCCUCGUCAGAGUCCGGCAAAUUUCAGCGAGAUUUGCACCCAGGAGACGCAGCAGAUCUCCCUGCUCGAAGAUUUGCGACCGGUGAGGCCGAUGCUGACCCCUAGUUGA